AUGACGAAGAGGAAGAGAAGGAUGACAACUUGUAUACUUUGUUCUCUUCCCGUUAGAUACUCACACUUUCUCAGUUCUGUUUUUUGGGGGUUUUGCAAGGAAGAAAAAGAUGAAAUUAGAGCAGUUGCUAUUGUCUACUUUGUUAAUGUUGAUAUGCUCUCUAUUGAAGCUGGGGUAGCUUUCUUAUUUUGUCAUGACUUCUUCAGUCGUGUUAUUUCUAUGAGAAAUAGGGGUAAGCGUUCAACAGGCGGAUUUGUGAUGGCUGCAAGCAAGCAUGAAAGCGGUGAAGUUUCAAAAGCACAACCCAAGUUCUAUAAGAUCAUUGUUUCACCACAAUGCACCUCCCUCAGGAUUCCGGAAGACUUUGCGAACAGAUACUGCAAGAACCUUGCAUAUCUUGAGGUACCUAGUGGCAAGGUAUGGGAAGUUGAAGUGGUUCAUUUUGAGGAUCAAAUUUGUCUAGACAAGGGAUGGCUAGAUUUCGUAGAUUAUCACUCGAUAAGCUGUGGACACUUUUCGAUGUUUGGUUACGAUGGUUGUUCCCAUUUUAAUGUCACCAUCUUUGAUUUGAGUGCAACAGAAAUCGAAUAUCCACCAACAAAGAAUGAUUCCGAUAAUUCUAUAGAGAUUGAUCCAGAAAACCACAUAGGACAUUGUUCAUUUGGACAUGCCAGCAAAAGAAAAUGUCGAGAUAGAGUUGAAGAGGAUGAUAUUUCAUUUGGCAAUCAAAAUAAUGUAAUCGAGGAAAAAGAGUCACAAGAGGAGCAUGAGCAACAAUCCGAGAUUGUUCCUAGUAAGAACGAGGCAGAGGAGCGCGGAGAGAUAGCUAUAAACUAUCAAACACCAAAGCUUUUAGAGGUUUAUCCAGAAAGUCACAGAGGAAAAACGAAAGUUUCAGAUGUGGUUGAGCGUUCUGUUGAAAACAUAGGUCGUUCAUUUGUACAGGCCAGCAAAAGAAAAAGACAAGAUGGCGGAGUUGAAGAGGAUGAUGAUGUUUCAGUUGACAUUCAAAAUAACGUAAUCGAGGAAAAAGAGUCACAAGGGGAGAACGAGCAACAAUCGGAGGUAGAAAGGGAUGAAGAGAUGGCUUUAAACUAUCAAAAAGCAAAAGCUUUUAAAUCUAACAAUCCAUUCAUCAUAUCUAUUAUGCAUCCAUCUUAUGUCUCCCACUCAUUCAGCCUGUCCAUACCGAAGAAAUUUGCUAAGAGGUAUUUCCUAAACCAUCGCAAUGUAGUGCUUAGUGUUACAGGCAAAGGAUCUUGGUCUGUCAAAUGCACUAUCGGAACAAAAAAUGCUAAAUUUAGUUGGAAGGCACUUGUGCUAGACAACAAGUUAAAAACUGGAGAUGUUUGUGUCUUUAAAGUGAUUGAGGGCACAAUGCCCGUGUCGAUAAAUGUGAUCAUAUUUCCAGCAGUUUUUAACACAUCAAAGCAUGCAGAGGUCGUUUCUGAUAGUGAAGAUCCAUGUUCUCAAUACAUUAGUGCAGACUAUCAAAGAGCAAAAGCUUUUACAUCUGAAAAUCCAUUCUUCAUUCGUGUUAUGCAAUCAUCAUAUGUUUCUGGCAAUUCGUUGAACAUACCUCGGGUGAUUGGGUGGGAAAUUUUUUCCGCUAAACGUAGUGAUCUGGUGCUGCAAGUUCCAAGCAAGAGAUCAUGGACUUUAAAAUGCAACCGCGCAAAAGAAUAUGCAAAAUUGACUUUAGGUUGGAAGGAGUUUGUGUUCGACAAUAAUAUUAAAGUAGGUGAUGUUUGUGUCUUUGAACAGGUUAAUAGAUCCAAUCUUUUGUUCAAUGUCUACAUAUUUCCUGCAGAAGAAAAUGUGUGA